AUGGCGGCCAAUGCCCGGUGGCAGGAAGCGUUAGCAGUUGUCCAGAUGAAAGGAAAGAAGCCGGCCCGGCCCGGCUGGAGCGAACGCAAGCACACGCGCCUGGACACGCAGCAGACGGCACAGGAAGAUUCCGACUUUCCACGCUUCGCGGAGCCGAUUGCCAAUGUCACCGUCUCCGUUGGCCGCGAUGCCCUCCUGGCCUGCGUGGUGGAGAACCUCAAGGGCUACAAGGUGGCCUGGGUGCGGGUGGACACGCAGACGAUCCUGUCCAUCCACCACAACGUCAUCUCGCAGAACAACCGCAUCAGCCUGACCUACAACGACCAUCGAUCGUGGUACCUGCACAUCAAGGAGGUGGAGGAGACGGAUCGCGGCUGGUACAUGUGCCAAGUUAACACGGAUCCCAUGCGCUCCAGGAAGGGCUACUUGCAGGUGGUGGUUCCCCCGAUGAUUGUCGAGGGAAUGACCAGCAAUGACAUGGUGGUGCGAGAGGGUCAGAAUGUCUCGCUGAUGUGCAAGGCACGUGGCUAUCCGGAACCCUACGUCAUGUGGCGCCGCGAGGACGGCGAGGAGAUGCUAAUUGGCGGGGAGCAUGUGAACGUGGUUGACGGCGAGCUGCUGCACAUCACCAAAGUGAGUCGCCUGCACAUGGCCGCGUAUCUGUGCGUGGCUUCCAACGGAGUCCCGCCAUCGAUUAGCAAGAGGGUCCACCUGCGUGUGCAAUUUCCGCCGAUGCUCUCGAUACCCAAUCAGCUGGAGGGAGCCUAUGUGGGUCAGGACGUGAUACUGGAGUGCCACACGGAAGCCUACCCAGCAUCGAUCAAUUAUUGGACCACGGAGCGCGGCGACAUGAUCAUAUCCGACACCUCGCGGGCCGGCGAUAAAUACGAGACCACAUCAACGGUCAGCGGUUACACAAAGUACAUGAAGUUGAAAAUACGAGCCGUGGGCCCCAACGAUUUCGGCACGUAUCGCUGUGUGGCCAAGAACUCGCUGGGAGAGACGGAUGGCAACAUAAAGCUCGAUGAAAUGCCAACGCCCACCACGGCCAUAAUUUCCGAGAUGGCCCUGCUGAAUCGCAGCUACGAUGCCAAGAGACGUCAUAGAAAUAAAUUUGACGCGGGCAACACUCUGCCUGAUUAUGGGGUUGAGGAGUGGCGUGACGGUGCCCAAGGCAACCAUGCUGGGAACAAUGGCGAUAACAAUCAAACGCCCGUGCGUAAUCCGCCCGGAGCAUUCCACAAUUCUGCAGGCUCACUGGCGCAGCAUAAUCUACUUGCUAAAAUAAUGCGCGGCAUUAAAACGCAAUCAUUUGGGAUUUUCAAACGUUUAUCGAGCGCUCUGCCGACUCUGCCGGCGGCGCAGCACUCGCUCUGGCUGUCGACAUUAUCGCUGGCAUCGCCGGGUCGGUGGCGUAUGAGUAAUACGGAGGACCGGCCCAAUUCACCGGAGACCGUUGUCAACAGCGAUAGCACCGCGCUGGCUGGAUGCUGGGAGAGCAGAAGCUAUAGCGGCGGCAACAAUAUCGCCACCAGGCCGCCAUUGUGGGCGCGGCCAUCGCGCAUAUUUCACAUUGCUCAUACGCCGUGUGGCGCGUCAACGCAGCAUUCGCAAUGCCAACGCCUAUGCGAACGCCAGUGGCAAUGGCUAUGGAAGUGGCAGCGGCAGUGGCAGUGGCAAUGGCCAAUGCUCAUUUGCAUAGUAAUAUUGGCUGGCUGUUUUGUUCGGUUGCUGCCAAUGCCGCUGCAUUUUAUCGGCCGCCACAUCGCCCCAUUUUCUAUUAGCACAACGCACAGGCAUCAUUUAAUGUGCACAUUUUGGGCCACUCGUGGUAAUAAGGUUGUCGCAAAAUACACCGCACUGAGCAGAGCUCCGCCAAACCCACUCCCAGUACGAAAGUUUUCAAGAUGAAAUCAAAUAAUUGCAAAGGCAAAAAGGAACUCAUUUGGGGCACAAGAGCAGCUUGGAAAAUAGAAUCAAACCGUGGCCAGGACAAGGACGAAAACUGCUACGAAGGCACAGAAAACUCAGUCUGGACAACUGCAGCGGCGAGUAUACAUACAAACACACACGGAUACAUAGAAUUAGGGAUAGAUAUGUUUAUAUUAGAGCGUAAAAUGAAAAUCGUGCUAAAAAAAAAAGCUGGUAAAGAACGCCAGUUGAUUGCGAGCAGCCAAGAGCAUAAAGGCGAAUCGAUAUGGGUAAGGAAUAGUCGGAACAACACUCGUAGCUAUCAAUAUCAAAAUAAACAAACAGAGCAUAUGAAAUAUACCAUGUAGGUACCUACAAUUUUACAAAAUUGACUUUACUUUUAAGAUGCCCUAGUAAAAUAUUAAUUUCUAAACUUUAUUUUGACUCUGAUGAGCCAGUUUAAAUUGUUUCUAGACUUUCAAGCCCCCUUUUUUCCACAUCAAUUGUAGGAAAGAGACACUAUUUUGUUAAAGCAAACAUGUGUCCGCCAUAAUAGCUCCAAUUAAGUGGAAAUAAAUUGAUUAUGGACUAAAAAUAAUAUAUAUUAUAUAACUAUGGAACGAAGCGGAAAAAACGGUUAAUCAAAUUUGCAUUUAGAUGAAAGUAUUUACGCAUACCCAUACCUAGCGAAUUUACAUAGUAAAUUUAGCAGAAAUUUAACAUAAGAACUGAGAACGGUAAAAAGUGUGAACCACAAAAUAGCAAAGCAAAAAGUGUUGAAUUAACUUAUUUAUUGAAUGUAUAAAGAACCCCCUCGGCAUAAUUGAUAUAGGCACAAAGCAAAUUAAACUGUUUACGAAAUUAUCAUUAAUUUAAUUACAUCUCUAUGUCAUUUUAUUUGUUUGGUCUCUAAUUUCCCUUGGUUGUUAUUGGGAAUUUGAGUCUACGUUUAAAUGUAAAUAUUUAAGAAAUAUAAGCGUUAAUGAGUAUUAAAUAAAUAUAAUGAAUCUACGCUGUAAAUAUGACGAAAAACUCUUUGUAUAAACUGUGACAACUUUGAUUAAUGCCUAAGCCUAAUGGAGAAGCAAAGAAUUAAAUA